UUAAUUCAUUUCAUACUUUUGGUGGCGGCAAAAAAAAAAUAAACAUCAAUGGCGAAGCUAUUAUCCUUAGCUUGCUUUCGAAACGAAGGAUGGCACAAUCUUUCAGCUAGAUCUCACUACCCUUCCAUGCCUUCUUUUCCCAAAAGCGAGCCAGGUACCUCCACCGUGGAGGAGCCGUCCAAAGUCACCGCACUUUUCUCGGUCCAUGGUAUGACUUGCUCCGCUUGCGCUGGAUCUGUGGAGAAAUCCAUCAAACGGCUACAUGGAAUUCAUGAAGCUGUUGUUGACGUACUUCAUAACCGUGCCCGCGUCAUCUUUCACCCCUCUUUUGUUAACGAGGAGGCUAUUUGUGAGGCAAUUGAGGAUGCUGGAUUUGACGCCGCGUUACUAACAGAUGUAACGAAUGAGAACACUAUUCAAGUAUGCCGUAUACAAAUAAAAGGAAUGACAUGCACGUCGUGUUCCACCGCGGUUGAAUCAGCCCUAAAAGCCCUCUCUGGAGUUGUUGGAGCCCAAGUAGCUUUAGCAACAGAAGAAGCUCAAGUUCAUUACAAUCCAAACAUCAUUACUCAUAGCCAAAUCUUGGAAGCUGUAGAUGAAGCUGGAUUUGAAGCAACACUCAUUAGUUCAAGUGAAGACUUAAGCAAAAUCGAUCUCCACGUGGAAGGUGAUCUCACCAAUAAUGACAUGAUCAAACUCGUCGAAGAUUCUCUCCGAUCACUCCCUGGAGUUUUAGAAUUACACACCAAUCUCGAGUUCAACAAAAUUUCGCUUUCUUAUAAAGCAGACAUAACAGGGCCAAGGGAUUUCAUUAAUGUGAUUGUAGAAACUAGUAAUGGAAAUUUGAAGGCGAAAAUAUUUCCUAGUGAAGGUGGAAGAAGAGAUGCUCAUAGAAAAAAGGAAAUUAAAAGCUAUUACAAAUCUUUUUUAUGGAGUUUGGUGUUUACCGUUCCAGUUUUUCUAACUUCCAUGGUGUUUAUGUAUAUACCUGGAAUAAAAAAUUUAUUGGAUUCGAAAAUCGUGAAGAUGCUUACUAUUGGAGAGGUUAUUCGUUGGGUGCUUGCAACACCAGUGCAGUUCAUUUUCGGGUGGCGAUUUUAUACUGGUGCUUAUAAAUCAUUGCGCCGUGGUUCUGCUAAUAUGGAUGUGCUGAUAGCACUGGGAACAAAUGCAGCUUAUUUCUAUUCUGUUUAUUCUGUUUUGAGAGCUGCUACUUCUAAGGUUUUUGAAGGUACUGAUUUCUUUGAGACUAGUGCGAUGCUUAUUUCGUUUAUUCUAUUAGGAAAGUAUCUUGAGGUUUUAGCUAAGGGGAAAACAUCAAAUGCAAUUGCAAAGUUAAUGAAUUUGACACCUGAUACUGCUAUAUUGUUGAGUUUGGAUGGUGAAGGGAAUGUUGUUGGGGAGGAAGAAAUUGAUAGUAGGUUGGUUCAGAAGAAUGAUGUGAUUAAGAUUAUUCCGGGUGCAAAAGUUGCUUCUGAUGGGCUCGUUGUUUGGGGGCAGAGUCAUGUGAAUGAGAGUAUGAUAACAGGUGAGGCACGUCCCGUGUCUAAGAGGAAAGAUGAUACUGUUAUUGGUGGAACUUUGAAUGAAAAUGGUGUCUUGCAUGUAAAGGCAACAAAGGUUGGAUCAGAAAGUGCUCUUUCACAGAUUGUACGACUUGUUGAGUCUGCUCAGAUGGCUAAAGCUCCUGUCCAGAAGUUUGCUGAUCGCAUUUCCAAAUACUUUGUGCCUUUGGUGAUCUUGAUCUCAUUUUCAACUUGGCUUGCCUGGUUCUUAGCUGGAAAAUAUAACGCUUACCCGAAAUCUUGGAUUCCGUCUUCCAUGGACAGCUUUGAGCUUGCUCUGCAGUUUGGAAUAUCUGUCAUGGUUAUUGCUUGCCCUUGUGCUUUGGGUUUAGCCACACCUACCGCUGUUAUGGUUGGAACUGGAGUUGGUGCAUCUCAGGGUGUAUUGAUCAAAGGGGGGCAAGCUUUGGAAAGUGCACAUAAGGUAAACUGCAUUGUUUUUGACAAGACGGGUACUCUCACUAUUGGGAAGCCUGUGAUAGUAAAUACAAAACUAUUGACAAAAAUGGUACUUCGAGAAUUCUAUGAAAUUGUUGCUGCAGCUGAGGUGAACAGCGAACAUCCACUAGCUAAGGCCGUUGUUGAGUAUGCUAAAAAAUUUAAAGAUGAAGAGAACCCUUCUUGGCCAGAAGCACGAGAUUUUAUUUCCAUUACUGGACAUGGAGUAAAGGCCACCGUUCGUAACAAGGAAAUAAUGGUCGGUAAUAAGGGCUUGAUGGUUGACCAUAAUAUUGCAAUUCCUGCUAUUGCUGAAGAUCUACUUGCUGAAGCCGAAAACAUGGCUCAAACAGGAAUUUUAGUAUCUAUAAAUGGGGAAGUAGCUGGGGUUUUAGCAAUAUCUGAUCCGCUGAAACCAGGUGCUCAAGAAGUGAUUUCCAUUCUCAAGUCUAUGAAAAUUAGGAGCAUCAUGGUGACUGGAGACAACUGGGGAACUGCUAAUUCCAUUGCUAGGGAAGUUGGAAUUGAAGAUGUUAUUGCUGAAGCCAAACCGGAUCAGAAAGCAGACAAAGUAAAAAAUUUGCAGGCUUCUGGAUACACGGUGGCUAUGGUGGGGGACGGUAUCAAUGAUUCGCCUGCACUUGUAGCAGCAGACGUGGGAAUGGCAAUAGGUGCUGGCACAGACAUUGCUAUUGAGGCAGCUGAUAUUGUACUAAUGAAGAGCAACUUGGAGGAUGUCAUAACUGCCAUUGAUCUUUCAAGAAAAACUUUAUUUCGUAUACGCCUCAAUUAUGUUUGGGCUUUGGGUUAUAAUUUGCUUGGCAUUCCAAUAGCAGCUGGAGUUCUUUUCCCUUCUACAGGCUUUCGGUUGCCGCCUUGGAUCGCUGGAGCUGCUAUGGCUGCCUCUUCUGUCAGUGUAGUUUGUUGUUCUCUGCUGUUGAAAUAUUACAAGAGACCCAAGAAGCUAAACAGCCUUGACAUAGGGGCCAUAUUGAUCGAGACAUCAAGCGAUCCUUUGAUCAUACACGACGAUUGAAGAGAGUAUGAAUUAGCUAUUCUAUUUCUACUGUGUGCAGCUAGGUGUUGAUUGUUGUACAUAUGUGAUAUUUUAUUUUCAGUUAGGUGUGUUAUUAUCAUUUUACAAUAAGAAAUUAAUGAAGGACGUUAAGCAGAAAACAACUUGGUUUCCAGUUCUCAUA